GCUCCCUCCCCCACCGGUUGCAGCCAAAGGUGCUCCUGCGCCACCCCCUGAGCAGCCCACCCCCCAGAGCAGGGCCCUGCAGUGACCGGCUGCUUCUCUUCCAGCUUCGCAUGGAGGAAGCACCAAAUCGGCAUCGCUUCACGCCUCUGGGAGACACACGCUUGCCCGGCUGCAGUCGACCGAGUUUGGAUCCGGCAGCAGUGAAAAGGGCAGCCCAGGUCUGCAGAACGGCCAGAGAAGCCGCAUGGACAGGGGCAGCUCCCUCCCCAGCAUGCUGGAGCAAAAGAUUUAUCCCUACGAGAUGCUGGUGGUGACCAACCGAGGGCGAGUCAAACUGCCCCCCGGAGUGGACCGGACGCGACUGGAGCGGCACCUGUCACCCGAGGACUUCCAGCGGGUCUUUGAGACGUCCCCGGAGGAAUUCUCCCGCCUGGCCCUGUGGAAGCGGAACGAGCUGAAGAAGAAAGCCGGCCUCUUCUGAGCCCCUCGCAGCAGCAGCCGCCGCCGCCGCCACCCUCCGGCCCGCCCAGCGUGAGCCCCGCCUGUGUCGUGCAUCGCAGAGGCUUUAGGGCGCCUCGUGGGCAGGCGCCAAGGAACACCCCCCCCACCCCCGGCCCCGAGGAAGGAAGCCGGCAGCCCCAGUGCGCAGCUGCCCCCCCUCCGAGCAUGAGCCAGAACCUGGAGCAGUUGGGUGGGAAAGCGGGGAGGGGGCUCCCCUUUCCUGGCGCCGGAAAGGCACCUUCUCAACCGCCACCCAGCAGGAGUGACACCCGGGGCCAAUGGCCUCGCUGUCUCCCUCCCAGCUCCCUGGUUCUCCUCCCCAGGCAGUUGGGACCCUCCUCUUUUCAGAGUCGGGGGGCCGUUGGGCCUUCCCAGUGCAGCCGGGCUGGGCUUCCAGGGGGGCUCUGGGCGGUCCUGGUCUCUGUCCUGGCUGCCUCUGGGGGGCGGAGGGGGUUGCCCCACAAAACGGAGGAGACGCAUGAGGGCCCCCAGCACUCCCCGUCCAGCCCCUUCCCCAGAAACGCCCCCCUUAAGAUCGCCCAGCAUCCCAACUGUUUCUGGGGCAGUUCAAGUCAUUCCAGAGCAGCGCCUGGUCUGCGGAUGAACCUUCCCAGGCGGCUGAGCCACGAGUGUGCAGAGCCAAGCAAGCAGGCCUCCCAUUGAGCAGAGGUGGACCCAGACCCUUGGCGGCAGGAGGGCCUGGAGCCACGCCGGCUGGAAGUCCCCUUCCUCGCUGCAGGCCCUGAGGUGGGUGCGGAAUCUGCAGCUCAGCCGUGAAAAGCCCCAGAGGAGAAUCAAGCAACACCACCAGGGACCUGCCGGAAGCUCACCUGCAAAUAGGGACUCUGAGUGACUCAGAUUGGGGGUGGGGUGGGGGGGCCUCUCCAGCCAUCCUGGCCAGCAACCUCCGAAGGACGACGCCGUGCUCAGCGGAAGGGAGGCUCCGGCCCGGUGGGCCCUUAAGGAACCGGGCACUUUGGGACAGGCAUGGAGGAAGCAGCAGCUUCUCUGGCAUUUCAGUCCGGCUGCCUGGGAGCAAAGCUGUGCCAGAGAUUGGUGGGAACUGCCUGCGAAGACUGGAGCGCCACCCAGCCCCUCCCCUCCCGGGGGUUUCUGCCCACGCCACCCCCUUCCCCGCCACUCCACUCCGUGCAAAUGUAGAGCGCUACUGCCGUGAAUGUUGUUAAGCGUCGUUCAGUCCCACCAACCUACUUUUGCUGAUGUGUUAAGACCUGUGACAAUCUGUUCCCCCUUUUUAAUUAAACGUGAAGCAGCCGCUUUAUUCAGAAAGCUCCGAUCUGGCCUGGCGUU